AAAAGGAAGGAAGAAAAGAUAAGGCAGGCUUAAAUGUUACUUGUUAUGAUAACCAAAAUCACUAAGAUACUAGUUUAUGGCAAUUCAUUUGCACUUUCGGCUUUCCCAAACAUGUCCUUUUGAGCGUUUUCUACAGGAAAGACUGAAAGAGUCGUGGAGGAGACCCCCCGUCCUUAUCUCUGGUUGACUCACUGUUUCGUCAUAACCCUCGUACUACAUAAUCUGUGAGAUGGGGCUGUGAGAUCAGGAUUUCCACACAUCGUUUGUGGGUCGUUCUGGGUUAGUGAGAGUCCCCCAGUCGGAGUAAGAAAGCAAAUCAAUGGAUGUUAUGAUCCAGUUGCAGAUACAGUUGCGGGAACACUCCGCUUUUCUGCAUAAGGAGGGAUAUUUGGAUGACCAGUUUGAACAACUUCAGAAACUGCAAGAUGAGAACAGCCCAGAUUUUGUGGUUGAGGUUGUGUCUAUUUUCUUUGACGAUUCUGAGAAGCUCCUGAACAAUUUGGCCAAAGCUCUGGAGCAGAAAGAUGUGGAUUUCAAACAGGUAGAUGCCCAUGUUCAUCAGUUCAAGGGUAGUAGUGCCAGCAUAGGUGCCAUGAGAGUUAAAAAUGCGUGCAUCGAGUUCAGAAAUUAUUGUGAGGCCCAGAACAUUGAAGAGUGUUUGACAUGUAUGCAAAAACUGCAGUUUGAAUACUCUGUACUGAAAAACCAGCUUGAAUAUUUGUUCAGGCUGGAGCAACAGAUCCGAGCUGCCCGCGUGUAGUCUUGAUUUUUGAGUCAUCCCAUGAAGGCAGAAACAAGAAAUGAGGGAGUUGAUGUUAAAGACUAUUUAUACGAACUUUUAUAGUGUUCAAAUUAUAUCCUAAUAGAAUAUCAAGACUUGCUGAAGGAUUCCUCAAGAAUUAUGUGUAAGGCUUGUAGGAGAGGGAAAUGCUAAUGUGAAUAAAUAGUUCUACCUGCUCUUUGCGAAACA